CCACGCCGACAACAACGGCCACGCUUCGCAAUCGCUUUGAGAGCCGCCGCAGUGCGCGUGAGUUGCCUUUUAGGGUUUCCCUCUCUUGGCCGCGUUUCUUGUUCUUCCUCCUCGUCGAUGGAUCCAAUGGACGUCCGCUCCAAGGGCACGGUGAAGUGGUUCAACGACACCAAGGGAUUCGGCUUCAUCACGCCCGACGACGGCGGAGAGGAUCUCUUCGUCCACCAGUCUUCCAUCAAGUCCGACGGGUUCCGGACCCUCGCCGAGGGAGAGAGCGUCGAGUUCUCGGUCUCCGAGGGCGACGACGGGCGCACCAAGGCCGUCGAUGUCACCGGGCCUGAUGGAUCUCCCGUCCAGGGCGGCGGCGGGGGCGGUGGCGGGGGCGGUGGCCGGAGGGAUGGCUACGGAGGUGGCCGCGGGGGAGGAUCUCGGAGCGGGGGCUAUGGGAGUGGCUACGGCUUCAGCAGUGGUGGCGGAGGAGGAAGGGGGAGGGGCGGAGGCGGUUAUGGCGGGGGAGGUUAUGGUGGGGGAGGAUAUGGCGGGGGAGGCGCUUGCUACAAGUGCGGCGAAACUGGUCACAUGGCUAAAGAUUGUUAUCAGGGAGGCGGUGGAGGCGGCAACGGUGGAGGAGGCGGCGGAUCUUGCUAUAACUGCGGUGAGAUGGGUCAUAUUGCUAGAGAUUGCUACCAGGGCGGCGGUGGCGGUGGCGGCGGCGGCGGCGGGGGUGGGAGGUAUGGUGGUGGUGGCGGUGGCGGUGGCGGCGGCGGCUCCUGCUAUAACUGCGGCGAGACGGGGCACUUUGCUAGGGAAUGCCCUGGCAGGAACUGAUAAUGGAUCAAUAUUCACCAUUUGCAUCAACUUUUUGCCCUUCUAUCUGAUACCCUGAUACCUCUUAGGUUUUGUGGUGCUUAUAGUCUUAGUAUUUCCCCUCUUUUGCAACGCAUGUGCAUGUCGAUUGCACUUGGUAUGUGGAUUUUGUUGGAUUGCAAUUUGCUUUUGGUUCUGGAAAACAAAGUUUCUAUUGCUUAUUAGUGUGUUUCCAAUCUUUUCCUUCA